AUGGAGGCCAGCGGCAAGGUGACGCCUCAGUUGAUGUUGGCCGUGGGCACUGCGGUAAUCGGCUCGCUGCAGUUUGGCUACAACACGGGCGUCAUUAAUGCUCCUCAAGAUAUCAUUGAGGGAUUUUACAAUGAGACAUGGACCUCUAGGUAUUCGGAGCACAUCCCUCAGACCCUUCUGACUGCUCUGUGGUCUCUCUCUGUGGCCAUCUUCUCUGUUGGAGGAAUGAUGGGCUCCUUCUCUGUCAGCAUCUUCGUCAAUCACUUUGGCAGGAGGAACUCCAUGCUUAUGGCCAAUGUGUUAGCCUUUAUCGCUGCUGCAUUGAUGGGUUUCUCCAAGCUGGCGUCAUCCUUCGAAAUGCUCAUCAUCGGACGUUUUGUGGUGGGACUUUACUCCGGCCUCUCUACAGGCUUUGUCCCCAUGUACGUAGGGGAAAUCUCACCCACCACUCUCCGGGGAGCGUUCGGCACCUUGCAUCAGCUUGGUGUUGUACUUGGCAUCCUGAUGGCACAGAUUUUUGGGAUCGAGUCAAUCAUGGGCAACGCUUCCUUGUGGCCUCUCCUCUUGAGUUUUACCUUCUUCCCCGCCGUGCUGCAGUGUGUCCUGCUCCCCAUCUGCCCCGAAAGCCCCCGCUACCUCCUCAUCAACCGCAACGAGGAGAGUAAAGCCUGCAACGUCUUGAAGAAGCUGAGAGGCACAGACGAUGUGGCUGAGGACAUGCAGGAGAUGAAGGAGGAGUGCCAGCAGAUGAUGAGAGAACCGAAGAUCACCAUCCCCGAACUGUUCCGCUCGCCUCAGUACCGCCAGCCCAUCUUCAUCGCCAUCAUGCUGCAGCUUUCCCAGCAACUGUCUGGCAUCAACGCCGUGUUUUACUACUCGACUGGGAUCUUUGAGCGAGCAGGGGUCUCUCAGCCCGUCUAUGCCACUAUUGGGGCAGGAGUGGUCAACACGGUCUUCACUGUGAUUUCACUGUUUGUGGUGGAGCGUGCAGGGAGGAGAUCACUCCACCUCACUGGUUUAUUGGGAAUGGCUGGAUCUGCAGUCCUUAUGACCAUUGCCUUGGCAUUGUUAGACCAACUAAAAUGGAUGUCCUAUGUCAGCAUUGGGGCAAUCUUCCUCUUUGUAGCCUUCUUUGAAAUUGGCCCUGGUCCCAUCCCAUGGUUCAUUGUGGCCGAGCUCUUCAGCCAAGGGCCUCGGCCAGCUGCUAUUGCAGUGGCUGGCUUCUGUAAUUGGUCCGCCAACUUCGUGGUGGGCAUGGGGUUCCAGUAUGUUGAGCAACUGUGUGGCCCAUAUGUCUUCAUCAUCUUCACCCUCCUGCUGCUGGGCUUCUUCGUAUUUACUUACUUCAAGGUGCCAGAGACAAAGGGCCGCACCUUCGAGGAGAUCUCUGCAGCCUUCCGCCAUUCAGCUGGGCAGCCCAUUGAGAAGUACUCAGCUCCUGAGGAGUUCAGCAGUCUUGGAGGAACCGACUACCAACUUUAA